GUAUCGAACUUUACAAAUUACCUGUGAUGUAGAAUUUUUGACACUUGUGAUUCCUUUAAGCAAAGAAUUGAACAUCUCUUAUUUUGGAACUCCAGUUGGUGAAGAAUUUUACAAGUCCUGCUUAAAACUAGACGAAAUUCAUAACAGUUUUUAUCAUUUUUCUUGUUUAAAAAAAUCAGCUAAAAAUGAAAUUAUUAAACAAGUUACAUUUCAAAAAGAUAUAGAGGAUAUAACUAUGAUAGAAAGUGCAGAUGAUCAAUUAUCUAUUAUUGAUAAAGAAUGUCCAAAUAGUAAGAAUGCACGUGAUAAAGUUAGAAAAUAUUUACAAGAGAAAUUUAAUUUGAUAACAAAAGAAAGAAUACCCUAUAAAAAUUGGUAUAACCAAACUAAAUAUACUAUAAUAGGAUGGCCUGAAGAUGUUUUAUUCUGUAAUUAUUCUGAUUUAAGUACUGAAGAUAAGAAAAAGAUAUUAAGUAAUUUAAAUAACAUAUAUUUUAAGAUAAAUAAUUUGAGUGAAUAGUAGAA